CCUUUCUUUUCAACCACAAAAACAUCUCCGUCUUUUCUCUUUUCGGUUCAAGCUUGGCUUUCUUUCGUCUUUUCUUGCCAAUAUUGUUCGAACAAAAGAUCUACUCUCAAUUUCUGAGUUGAUCAUUCUGCCACCCCACCACGAAUACCUUAACAUUAAACAGAUAAGGGUGGGGGCCCACACUCCCCACCUUUUGCCAAGCGUGUUCCUACAUUUCGAAGAUCAUUGAUGGUGAAUAGCAUUCAUUCACCAAAAAAAGGCAGCAACUAAACAAUCAUGGCUCGUAAAGAUUCAUUGCCAGGUCAGCGAUACGCAUGCGAUCGUCCUGGAUGCGAUAAGAAUUACUCAAGGCCUGACCAUUUAUUACGACAUAAAUUGAAUCAUGAUCGUGAAAAAGUACUUCAGUGCGAUCAAUGCGAUCGUACAUUCGUUCGUCAAGAUUUGCUAGCAAGACAUUUAGAAAGACAUGCAGUUCGUGGAAAAACAUUGGGAAGAUGGAGUGGAAGACAAAAGAGCAUUUCAGGAGAAGGAUCAUCGAAAGACGUAAAGAUGGAAGAGGAUGAAGAGGAUAGCGAUGAAGCAGAAAGUAGUAGAGGCAAUCAAAGCUACUCUCAUAACCAGUACUACUCGGGUCAUCAAUUCGAUCGAGAAUCUGAAAUGCAGAACAACGCACGUUCAAGAAACUCUAUGCCGGAUGUAGGCAUGUUGCCCUCGAUAGAUCGAUACGAAACGCCAUUCGCAUAUGCUCCUCCUCCCCAACCGGGAACCAAUUCAGCUGGGAUACCGUCAGGAUACGGUUAUCGAGAUUCUAUGGGCGGUGCUGCAGGCAAUGCAAGCAAUCAGAUUGGCUCCAGUGGGUCUCUAGCAUCAUAUGGCACUAACCCGUUCUCUAAUACGGGCAACCCAUCCCAGGCUACGUCAAUUGGACCGCCUCUGCCGUAUGAUGCGUUGGAGCAACAGCCUCAUCAGUACAGCCAUUCACCUUCUGGUAGAGCAUACAAUUACGUUCGCCAAUCAAAUUCGCGUAAUGGUGGACGUUCAUCUUGGGACAUUCAUGGCUCGACUGGACAAAAUCAACCUUUGUCAUCACCCUCUGCUACCUUCAAUGCAGCGAAUGGGUCAGGAGCAGCAGGUUGGGUGCAGAAUUCUUUCCUUCCUUCCAGCUCAAACAUGCAUACAUCAGAUUCUGGUGCUGUGAUGAACUUCUCUGCUCAUAACGCAAACUCGACAGAACAAAUGUCCAACGCAUUUGCAGGAUCUCUUCCUGAAGCAACAGCUUUGCUUCAUUCGGCCGUUUCAGGAUCAUCACACUUUCCAUUCUCUGCUCCUACAGCCGAUGAUUAUAUGGCAGAUUAUGGUUGGCUUUUUGAUGGUAGCAAUCCAUUGAUCACUGGAAAAGGACCGGAGGAGAUGGGAUCAAGUCGAAGUGAAACAUCCACAACACGUGAAACGCAGGCAACAGAUGAUGGACAUGAUCAAAAUGCCGGCGAAGAUGGUCAAAGUGAAGAUUUACCUUAUCCUGCUCAACCUUUGGAACAAGCGGAUGCAUUGCACGAUUUGGCAUUCUUUGCAAUCUUACAACGUGAUAUACCCGACGAACCUGCAUUUGAAGUUGAUGGGCCAACCCAUUCUCGUUUACUGCAUUUCCUCUCUUCGGUUCCAGAACUGUCCUCAUCGCCAUUGUUCACACCUUCCGCGUUACGUUGCUAUAUCUACCUAUACUUCACGAAGCUGAACACGAUCUAUCCUUUGAUCCAUCGUCCAACAUUCUCGUCAAAAGUUGCCGACCCGAUGCUCUUGUCCGCCAUGAUUGUGAACGGAGCUCAUUUCGCAGAUGAAGCAGCACAUUUCUUGGCAGAACGAAUCGGACGAAAGCUUUGGGGUGCAUUCAUCACCUUUGAAGAUUUCCGACCAGCCCGUGCAACUCUGGCGUUAUUGCAAGCAAUGCUUUUGACCGAAGCAUUCGGAAAAAUGAUGGGCACCAGACCACAACAUGAAACCGCACACCUAUUUCACAACUUUAUCGUUACGCUGGCGAGAAGGAAUGCAGUCUUUGUACCGUCCAAAGUCAAAUUACCACAUACCUCUGCAGAAGAUCGAUGGAGAGCAUGGUCAAAAGAAGAAGAAAAGAAAAGAAUUUCGUUGUUUGCAUUCAUUCUCGAUGCACAACAUGCGACUAUUUUCCGUCAUAUUCCUGCUCUUUCUUCCUUCCAGAUUCAUUUGCAAUUACCUUGUGAGGAGGAUGAAUGGGAGGCAAAAAGUGCAGAAAGUUGGACUGCAAUCAGACAGAACAAACGUCGAGAACCUCCGUAUUUCAUUGCAGCGCUCAAAGCAACACUUACACCAGGAAAUGAUCUCCCGAUCUCAGAAUCGGAUAGUUUUCAACAUUUCGUUCUUUUGCACGGAUUAAUGAGCGUCGCAUAUGAUUUGCAAUGGAAACAACAAGCUUUACUGGCAGCGCCUGAUACAAACGAAAGCAUAUCAAAUUGGAAAGAGCGUUUAAUGCAAAGCUACAAAAGAUUUAUGACUCGAUACCAAUCUAUUGCAUCCAAUCGAAUCAUGGAGCGUGCAUCUCACAGCUUAAUCGAAUGGGCUCAAGUAACGCUUCAUGCGGAUGCUGUUGAGAUUCAAAUUUAUGCCGGAUUGCCAACGGUGAUGGGGCGGUUUAUUGAUCACCAUACGUUCAGCGUUGCACGUAAGUCAUGCAGAGAAUGGGGACGAACAGAAGAUGCAAGGAUUGCCGUUUGGCAUGCCGCCCGAUUUUUGCGUGAUACAAUGUUUCCUAAUGUUGGCUCAGCCGGCGAAGGUCAAGAUGCUGCCGCAGGUGCGGUUGCCGAUAGACCACUACAUACCGGUUUUGAUGAGCUUUUGCAUCAUCAAUGGGUUCAAUACGUUUGCGCUUUGAUCAUUUGGGCUUAUGAACAAGCUGUUUCGCCUCUACGCGGUAAUUUUGCCAAUUCAAGACCAAGAAGUCAAGAUCAAGAGAGCAAUGCAAGUAGCAAUAACACAAACAAUGCUGUGUUAGCCGGGGGAAACACGACACUGCAAAACAAAAAUGUAUCGAAUCAAUCCGUCACCGCUCAACCCGUUCCAACAAUCACAACGCCGCUUGACAAAGCAAUUCGAGACGCAAACACAUACUUGUCAGACAUUAUCGCUUCCGAUACUCGAUCUUCGAUAAGCUUUGAUCCACCUCAUCAUUAUUCAACUGCCGUUUUAGAAUUAGUCGAGAGGGAUUGUAGAGGUUCACGUUGGGAACUCGGAAGAGAGGCAAGUGGUGUUUUGCGAAAGUUGAUUCGCGAGAGAAACACAGCUUCUGUUGCUUCUUCAGCGUUUGCAUCUUCAAGUGGCUGAAGGGCAUCGGGUCUGCUGAUGUGUAAGACAUCUUUUGCCCCUUUGUACAGCUUUUGUGCAUUGUAAUGGAUUUCCUUUCCUGUGAAAUAGGGCCGUUUGGAAACUGCAUAAGU